AUGAAGGCAUAUGGAGUUGUUACACUGCUUGCGACGCUCUCCCCCAUCGGGGCGUAUGCGGGCUUGUGUCGGCCAAGCUCAGCAUUGAGCUCUUCAACCACUUCACCCAGUGAAUCCAGUACAUUGGCUACGGAUUCGACGACCGUGUCAUUGUCCACCCUAUCUACAACGGGAUCUCUAGCGACCGAUUCAACGACAUCUGGUGAAACUAGUACCUCGGCUACCGAGACCAUCUCAACUUCUAUCCUUUCAACCACGGUAUCAACCGAAUCCAGUAGCUCAACUACGGAUUUCACUACCCUCACAACUUCUGCUGUAUCAACCACGACAUCUGGCGAGUCCAAUACCGAUUCUACGACAUCCGGCGAAUCUAGUUCCCUAACAACUGAUUCCACCACUGUCCCAACUUCGAUCCUAUCGACGACAACAUCCGACGCUGCCACUACCACAACAAGCGCAGCCGCCCAAGGAAUCGAGGGGCCAAACGGUUGCUGCGGCUAUCCGGGCUACUUUGAUGGUCACGUCCUUGCCCUCUCUGGUCUUUCAGAUGACCUAACCGCUGAGGAAUGCGCCGCAAUGUGCACAUCAGACCUCGACUGCACGUGGUACAUCUAUUACCAACGAAAAGAUGGCAAUUUCCUAUGUAACACGUACGGAGCAACACCCCCAUUCGUUAUCGACGAAACAAAGCCAACCAUCUACUACCCACGAGAAUGCAAGACCUGCGCAGAGUCUCAACCACCUCCCCCUCAUCAGCCGUCAUGCAUCGCCGAUAUUCCCUGUCGCGACACUGGUACACUGGAUGGAACGCAGGUACAAUUCUUGGGACUACGCUCAGUCUCGGCCACAGAAAACUGCGGCGACGUGUGCGCUACAGUCCCGGACUGCACUCAUGCGUAUCGCUUCUACGACUUUACGUAUGGUUACCGGUGUUCUUUAACCCAAAUGGGAGCUGACACCGUCUUCAUCCCGGGCACUGAAUUCUACCCGCUAUGGUAUUCGCGUGGCUGCAACCUAGGCACGUGUAGAGAUGAAUAG